AUGUUUCGUUUAGGAGUCAAUCAAGCUGUCCGUGCAGCUCCACGUGUAAGAAACUAUGCUACAUUACGUGAAAUUGAAAAUCGUCUUAAAUCAAUUAAGAACAUUGAGAAAAUCACUAACACCAUGAAGAUUGUUGCCUCUACCAGAUUGAACAAAGCUCAAAGAGCUAUGCAAUCUUCACGUGUUUUCAAUGAAAGUGAAAAGGAUUUCAACAAGAAUGCUGAUCCAAAAGAAGGUGAGAAAUUGGAAGAAGAAAAUGCAGCUGCUUCAAAAACCCCAGAAAAGACUUUAUUGAUUGUUGUUUCUUCUGACAAGGGUUUAUGUGGAUCAAUUCACUCUCAAUUAUCCAAAGCCGCCAGAAAGAGAACGGGAGAAUUGAAUGGUAAUGUCGAUAUUGUUGCCGUGGGAGAUAAAGUUAAAGUUCAAUUGUCAAGAACCCAUGCUGAUAAAUUGAAAUUGGCAUUCAAUGGUGUUGGUAAAGAAGCACCAAAUUUUACUGAAGUUGCUUUGAUUGCAGAUGAAAUUGCCAAAUUGGGUCACUACGAAAAUGUUGAAAUUCUUUACAACAAGUUUGUUUCUGGUGUUUCUUUUGAACCAUCAACAUUUGCUGUUUACGCUGCAGACAUUAUUCAAAAUGCUCCAGGUAUCAACAAGUACGAAUUUGAAGGCGAAGAUGCUGUACAAAGUUUGGCUGAAUUCUCUUUGGCUAACAACUUGUUGACUGCCAUGGCUGAAGGUUAUGCUUCUGAAAUUUCUGCUAGAAGAAACGCUAUGGAUAAUGCCUCAAAGAAUGCUGGUGAUAUGAUCAACAGUUACUCCAUCUUGUAUAACAGAACUAGACAAGCUGUUAUUACCAAUGAGUUGGUUGAUAUUAUCACUGGUGCUUCAUCUUUGGAAUAG